GCUGACGCAGGGGAAACCACGUGCGUCUCCUAGCACUUCAAGAUCAAGAUGGCGGCCUCCGUGUGUCGGUGUUACGAGCUGGUCAGCAGACGGGCACUGACCCUAUGCUCACGGCCCCUGGUGUCCUUGGUUUGCCACAAAGAUGUCUAUAGGCUACAAAGGAGCCCUGUCUCAUCUGUGCAGGUGCGGUAUUCAUCUGGACGCAAAGGUUUUCUUGGUGAAUUUGUGGAUAACCUACGGCAGGAGUUCAGCAAGAAUCAAGAGAUGAAAGAGAACAUUAAGAAGUUCAGAGAAGAGGCCAAAAGACUUGAGGAGUCAGACGCCCUUCAACAGGCUCGCAAGAAAUAUAAAUCAAUAGAAGCUGAGACGGUGAAGACAUCAGAAGUGUUUAAGAAGACACUAGGCUCUCUGUCAGAGACAGUGAAGGAGGGUUUGGAGGAGGUGACUCGUACUGAUUUGGGAAAGAAGAUAAAGGAGGGAGUUGAGGGAGCAGCUCGCACAGCUAUUCACUCUGCAGAGUCUGUGUCUAAAGGAGGAGAGAAACUCGGCAAGUCUGGUGCAUUUAAGGCAAUCUCACAGGGGGUAGAAGCGGUGAAGAAGGAGAUAGAUGUAGGUGAUGCUGGUCCUUACAGAGCACCACCCCAACUGAGAAAGAGAACAGAGUUCUCUUCUAAAGAUGCCGACUUUGACUCAAGAGUCUAUGAAGCCAAUGAGGAGGCAAUGGGUGUUGUCUUACACAAGGACUCCAAAUGGUAUCAGCAGUGGAGGGACUUUAAGGACAACAAUGUUGUUUUCAACAGAUUUUUUGAGAUGAAGAUGAAAUAUGAUGAAAGUGAUAAUGUGGUCAUCCGAGCAUCCAGAGCAGUGACAGACAGGGUGACAGGCUUUCUUGGUGGUCUUUUCUCAAAGACAGAAAUGUCAGAGGUGUUGACAGAGAUUGUGAAAGCUGAUCCCUCUUUUGACAAAGACACUUUUCUCAAACAAUGUGAGAAAGACAUUAUUCCCAACAUUCUCGAGGCUAUGAUCCGAGGAGAACUGGAUGUGUUAAAAGACUGGUGCUAUGAAGCUACUUACAGUCAGUUGGCCCAUCCAAUCCAGCAGGCCCGAGCACUGGGUCUCUUGUUCCAGUCCAAAGUCUUGGACAUUGACAACAUAGAUCUGGCUAUGGGGAAGAUGAUGGACCAAGGCCCAGUGCUGAUUAUCACCUUCCAGGCUCAGGUCGUCAUGGUUAUCCGCAGCCCCAAAGGAGACAUUGUGGAGGGAGAUCCGGACAAGGUGAUGCGGAUGAUGUAUGUUUGGGCGUUGUGUCGGGACCAGGAGGAGCUGAACCCCAGUGCAGCCUGGAGACUUUUGGACAUUUCUGCCUCCAGCACAGAGCAGAUCCUUUAGGACGACCAGGUGCAUCAUAGACAUUGACAAGCCAACUGAAACAAGAUGAGAAAUGUAACAACAUGCCAUGAAAACCUACAUAGACCACCACAAAACAGUUUUCACAUGUGAAUACUCAUAGAUGUGCAUUGAAAAAAGUAAGUGACCAAAUCAUCUCCAUACUUCAUAAUCAAAGAUGUACUGGUUAACUGAAGUCUGUAAAUAUGUUGUAAAAAAAAAACAAAAAAAAAACAGUGGAGGAUUAUAAAUAAACAGAUUUACUAUUACAACAAUAGAGAGAUUAGGGAUGCAUUCACACACACACACACACAUAAACACCUCAUAAAAAUAUGAUUACACUGGAUCCCGUAACUUAACUCAGGCUAGACCUGGAUGAAACCAGGACAUGAUGGCACUAAUUAGUCGGGAUUAAAACUGGACUCAAACCAGGACGUGUGAAUGCACCCUAAAUAUACAUAUUACUGCUUUGCUCUGUAGUAAAACAGUAAUCAGAAAAUCCAUUUAUAUAAUAUGCAUGCGUCCGAUACAAAGUCUGCUUCUUUGUUGACUGGGACCAUGUUAUGUGUGUUCAUUUAGAAACAUGUAAAUUCAUGUUGCUUUGUCAGUUGGUUAAAUUAUGUGACUACACAUGGACUAUGAAUGCCUUGAAGGUAAUGUUAUUUAUAAGAAUUCCAAUUUGAAUGAACAAAUUCACAUUCUUUUACUGUAUACUGUAUGUAAGUUAAAUUCCGUGCUAUAAAAUAAGGUUUUUAAAUAUAUAAAUGUGUGUGGACAUUUUGACAAAACGCUGAACAUAAUGUUGAAGCAACAGAUUAUUGUUCCAUGUUUACUACUUAUAAUCUGUCUGCAUAUUAUGUCUGAAGGAACUCUAGAUUGAAUCACAAACAUCCAUGUCAGUACUUACUUCUCACUUUUUGUUCCCAUUAUUGGCAUAUGUAGCCUUGAGGCCAAUCAGAUGAAAAUGAAAAAUUGACUCCCAAAAAUAGAUCUAUUAAUGCUGUGUUUACUUAAAAGGGUAAGUAAGGGUAUUAUUUAUUCAUAACAAAGGUAGGUAGAUAAAUUUCAUACUGACUAAGUGGUGCAUCAACACUUUUAAUGCCUAAAGCUUGCCCCAUCCAAAUGCAUCGAUCUUUACUAUACAAAGAGAAUAAUGUUUCUUGUCUGUGCCUACAAUAAAAGCCAGAAUAUGAUUUGUUCUGUUUCUCC